AUGGCUCCACAAAUAGUCAACGUUCUCCUUUCGUCUUUCCCAGGUCUUUCUCUACCCUCGACCGUGUCAUUCUCACUUCCAUCCUCUUCGACGAUCACGGAUCUUACAGAUAGGGUCUCCACCUACCUGCCGUCGUCGAUACCACUACAGUCCCUAGUGUUAACUACAACCAACAACAAGCAGCUCGUUCCGUCAUCUGAAAGCCUGCUUUCUCUCCUCGUUGCCCCAAAUGGCGAAAUCACAACCGCAUCCACUCUCCUCCCGCUCCGCCUUGCCGUACCCGUAUGCGGAGGAAAGGGAGGUUUCGGCUCCCAGCUUCGUGCAGCUGGUGGGCGCAUGUCGAGCAAGCGGAAGCGCAACCAGGGCGAUGACAAUGGCUCGAGUCGCAAUCUCGACGGUCGCCGUAUUCGCACAGUGAACGAAGCCAAAGCCCUGGCCGAGUAUCUCGCAGUCAAACCAGAAAUGGACCGAAAGGAGAAAGAAGAGCGUCGGCGCAGAUGGCAGGCUGUCGUGGAAGCAGCGGAGAAGCGUCAGGAGGAACUGAAGAAUGGUGGCGGAAAGCAGAAAGUCGAUGGCCAGUGGAUGGAAGACAAGGAAGAAAUGAAUGAAAAGGCUAGAGAAGCUGUGUUGGCAGCGUUGAAGGAUGGUGGUUGGACAGAUAAUCUACGCGAGGCGGUCUUGGGAGGGUCCAGCACAAGUGCUAGCGCCAGCGAAGGCAGCGGACAAGAUACAUUGAACAGUUCCGAGGAAGAAAGCGAUCUGGAGCAGGACAUGGAAGAUGCGCCCACGCCAUCUGAACCGGCUCGCAAGCCGGUAGCACCCAGAAAAUUCAUUGGGUUCGAUGACGACGAUGAGUUCAUGAGUGAUUCCGAAGCGGACGAGUCCGAUCAGGAUGAUGAUCCAAAAGGCAAAGGCAAAGCUAAGGCUUAG